GUCUCCUUUGUACAUACGAUCUCGCAUUCUCUUUCUCGCACACACCACCGCAUACACGUUCAGCUGAUGCGUAUACGCGUAUUCUGGCCAAAACCCUCCCCCGUUCGGUGUAUUGUGGAACACAAGAUUUGAAUUGCUCUUGCGCGGUACACGGACGACGUGUCUCCGUAGUUUUGUGUGUCGGCUUUGUGGGAGGGCUGUUUGCUGUCAAAAAGUUGGUCCCCGGAAGGGAAGGAAAAAAGGUUAGAUUAAUCGCCGAUUUCCAUUGUCGAUGGAAUUGUGAAACCGGGCGCUGUGAAUUCGAUUGCGAUGGUCCAAAAGGAAGAUUGGUCUGCGGACGAGGAGCAGCUACAGUGCAUUUCCGUCAUCGUCGUCGUAGGGUCGUAGGGUCGUAGUGUGUUGUGUGUGUGUUUUUUGUGUCUGUGAAAAGGUAAAUGCGGGCGGUGGAAGAGCUACUGCAAGAGGGCCCCCUCCACCGAGCGGAGUAGGAAGUCAAGUCUGUGGUUACUGUGUGUUUCGUCGUGUGUUGUGAAAGUGUGAAGGCUUGUUGUGUACGUGCGCGCUGUUUUGUGGUCGUGGAGGGGUUGAAGAGAAGUGGUGGAAGACCGCCAGCUACCAGCGACCCAGAGAUAAACCAGCGGCGGCCCCCCGACUUGGUUGGUUCGUUUAUCAAUUACUCAACGGCACCACGGUGGUACGCAAUUUCGGUCCGCAAUCGGCGCUUGCAGGCGCUCCCAAUCGCAACCGCACCGUGUCAUCAUCGAGAUGGCUUUCGUGAAGGAUCCCUGCGGUAUUGUGUGCGUGCUGAUCACCUACAUGACCGUCCUGCACGCGGACUAUGUGGUAACGCACUGGAUAAUUCUGCAAACGAUGCCCAACAGCCUUUGGGCACCGUUCCAUGUGGUGGCGUUCAACACGAUCGUGUUCCUGCUGGCGAUGGCCCACCUGAAAGCGGUCCUGCUCGAUCCGGGCACCGUGCCGCUGCCCCAAAUCCGGAUCGACUUUUCGGACCUCCACUCGGAGAAGAACUACGGCCACGAGCGGGAAGAGUGGACGAUGUGCACGCGGUGCGAGACGUACCGGCCGCCCCGUGCGCACCACUGCCGCAUCUGCAAGCGGUGCAUCCGCCGCAUGGACCACCACUGUCCGUGGAUUAACAACUGUGUCGGCGAGCGGAACCAGAAGUACUUCCUGCAGUUCCUGAUGUACGUGUGUGCGCUGGCCGUGUACUCGAUCGUGCUGAUCGUGAUUUCGUGGAUGUACCCGUGCGAGGAUUGCCACGCGGAUGUGUCCCAGGCGCAGACGCGCAUGAUGCACAGCGUGCUGCUGCUGCUCGAGUCGGUCCUGUUCGGGCUGUUCGUGGUGGCGAUCAUGGUCGACCAGAUGCACGCGAUCCUGUACGACGAGACGGCGGUCGAGGCGGUACAGCAGAAGGGCCCGUACCGGAUCCACCGGCCGAAGAUGGCGCUGCUGGCGGAGGUCUGUGGCCGGGGGCAUCCGAUGCUGUGGAUGCUGCCCUGCACCAGCCUCAACCGGAAGCAUCACGAUGUGCCGCUGCUGAGCCACGACGUUUAAAACCGCUCCCUAAACGGUCACGAUGAACAGGGAGGGGGAGAGAACAAAAACCGACGGCAAAAAAGGUAUGCCUGGGAAACAAAUUCCAAUCGGUGUGGAGAGGGCGGGCCAAAGCGCCAGACCAGACACACGUUUGACCCAUUUGGUGUGCCUCAUUUGCAUUAUCGUGCAUUUAUGAUCGCACCUUGGGCUAAUUAGUUUUCCAUUACCUAUUAUCAAGGCACCACGGUAUGUGUGUUGGUGAGUGUUUGUUUAUGACGGUGAGUGGCUGCCAAUUUCCCAGGCCGCAAAUUCCUUCGCGUGACCAAAGACUUGGAAAACACAAACACAGGGAGAGAGAGAGAAAGAGAGAGCGUUGUACAUGCAUAUUCUCGAAAGGGUUCUUCUAUCGAACGACGAGCGAACCGCUUUUACGCCCAAGAAGGAAAAGCUUUCUGUUAAUUUAUUCGUUUCUUUAUGUUUUCUUGUUCCUAAGACGUUUUUUUUCCUUUUUUGCAUUAAUCCGGGCAGGAGACACUUGUAACGCAUUCUCUAAGAAUGUGGUCCUAUGCCACCAACAGGGAAAGGUAAACUAAGCAAUAGCUAAUGCAAUAGCUAUACAAAGCGAUAACACUCAACCCACCACCCUCCUUGACAAAACCUGUCGGAAAUUGAUAACAAGCUAAAAAAACAGUACAGACACCUACCUGAAUUAGGUGCGAAAUAAGGGAGCGUACAGCGAGCAGCAGAAUUGUUCAGGAAUUGAUGUAAAUUUGUGUACCAAAGUGAGGUAAAGGUAUUUAAACUCCACGUAUCUAAAUAAUUUUCACAGUAGUAUAAGUCCCAAGGCGCUGAUAUUAUUCGGUAACGUUGAACGAGUUCAACUAGCACCCUUCUAGUUUUGUGAUAGGUUUGGUUCUUGUGUGUAUAGUUUCCGGUUAUUCGUUUGGUUAAGCACACACACACUGUUCUAGGUUAGUUUUGAGGAGCGAUUUUUAAUUUUGCUAGAAAGAUUAUAGUUACGAUUUAUGACGUAUUACCCGUUUUUUGGUGCGUUUAAAGCGGUAGUGAAAAGCACACAAAUGACCAACCAAUGGUGGUUUCCUAUACACUGGCAACUCUUGACCUCGUAUUGAACAACAAACAAUCACGAACAAAUAUGUAGAUGCAUUUUGCCCAGGUGUCGGGUGGGGUCGGGCGAUCAUUCUUAGAAGACACGCGCACAUCCUCAUCGAGAUCAUGCUUCACACAUCACUGCCCUCAAAACUUGCACACAGAAAAGCAAUCCCCUAUUAAAAGUAUGUUUAAUUUAGCAAACAAAUCAAAAGAAGAACAAAAUCGCAAUAUCCUCGCACACUCGUCCACUCUCCGAGGCCUGCAUGAGGGAUCGAGAUAGAUUUAACCGAGCUUAUAGCACCUUCUAAAUUGUUGAUUACUUUCUACUUUCUUCGGUUCGGUUGCGUUCGUUGCUGCAAAUCAUUCUUAAUAAGACCUUAAGAGCAGUUUCCAUUUCGGAGAACGUUACAGAGGUUGUGUUUUGCCCAUGUGUUUGUUGUGUGU